AUGUGGGAUUUAUUGGAAACAUCACCCUGUGCUAUCAUGGCCAAAUGUCUGAUUCAAUCUAAACAUCAUCUUUGUAUCCCUUCAUACGAUGGUCCUUGGUGCGUCUGCGCAGUCGCAGCUAGAGCAGGAAGAGAUGUCUUCCUCAUAGAUUUGUGUGGAGAAAAUAACGUCAUCAGCUAUGAGCUGUGUGAGGACAAUGUUUUAAAAGUCACAAAAAUCCACGACAAGUAUUACAAGAUAUAUUUCCCCACUGGUACGUCACUUGCCAUUUAUAUCAUGGAAUGGAGUGGACAUUAUAACAUCGACCUAGAGAUCCUCCCCUCUGCAAUGGAUAUAGGAAAUGCUGAUGGUUUAUGUGGAUACUUUGAUGGUGAUAGGGAAAACGACUUCAGAAGGCGAAACAGUAGCAUUACAGACGACAUCAGUCAGAGUUAUCCUAAUGACUUCUCUGAGUCAUGGAUGAUUCCGGACAACGAAAAUCUCUUCAGUGGUAACUCCUUAGUUUAUAGCAGUUUGCAAUCAGUGGCCUCAAUUCUAGUACCUCACUGCGCAUGCACGGAGGACGGUAAAACCCAGUGCUCCUACAAUACGUUUACACCCUGCAACUCAAACCGAGGCAAACAGUAUGAGUGUAAUGUAGAUCUUGUACAGAACAGAAGACGAAAACGGGAUGUUUCCGAUAUGUCCAUGGAAAAAGAUCCUUUACUUAGAAAGAAACGCACGAUAACCUACGUACAGACGACUGAAUACUCCGAGAGAGUUUGUCUACAGGCUUUUGAAAAUUCACCUGAAUACAACACCUGUCAACUACAUGUGACUGACCUUAGUAAUGUGACCUUAUCCAACUGCAUUGAAGACAUAAGAUUGACAGGGGAUGAUAACCUAACACAGAUUCACGUGGAAGCCGCUCUACAGCAAUGUUCUACUUUCGUACUUUUAAAUGCCACACUGCAAGAGGCAGAACCGGAAGUAACGUAUACAAUACAAAACCUCUGUCCAAGCAAUUGUACCGGACGUGGCACGUGUGAUGGUGGUAACUGCACCUGUGACACUGGCUUUGGGGGAAGCGACUGUUCCUUUGAUUUAUUCGCACCUCCUACCAUAACAAGCGUUCCCGGGGCCGGACUGUGUGAUCUGUCCUCUAAAACAUGUAAAGAGGCAACAAUUAUGGGAAAAUAUUUCUUUGAAAACAUGGACUCAAUAUGCUAUCUUACUGUGAAACAGACAAAGAUUAACCAAACAGAAGAAAGUCAUCAAAGACAGAUGAAUUUACAAGAGAGGACGUUAUUUGAGGGAUACUGCCCGCUUCUGUAUGAAACAACGGGUAUCUGGACGACCGAAAUCAAGUUUAAUAUUUCCAAUGACGGAGUACGUUAUACAGACACGUAUAAUGUUGUUAUAUAUCAAUCUCACUGUCAGGAGUAUCACAACGAAUCUGGAAAUGUAUAUUUCACCUUAAAGGACGAUUUCUGUUACAUCGAUAGUGUGUGCAUUAGCCCGAUCCAGAAUAGUUCAACCAAUGAGUGUCUUUACUGCAAUUCAACAAAUCACCAACUCAACUGGACAGAAAAUCAAUCAUGUGGACAAACAACAACAACAGAGAGUAUGUCAACAACAAUGACUCACACUGACACAGAAUCCACGAGGAGUAGUUCAACAGAACAAAUGGAAGAGACUACAAGUUCUAUAACGACUGCUGAACAAGACGAAACAACAUAUAUAAUAAGAACCUCUCCAGUCACAACUGGAGAAACCAAAUACACGUCUUUGGAGUUGGAAUCGUCUUCUAUUGAAUUAACAACAUUAGAGUCGACAAUAACAUCAACUGAGUCAACAGAGAUGACGGAAAAUGUACAAACCUCAACUCCAGAUACAACUACUGUGAUAUCAACAACUGAAUCAACAUCCAAUCCAACAACAUGGGCGUCAACGACACCGGAAACAACACAAGCAUUUACUACGAACCUGCCAACUACAACAAACCAAGAAACAACAACUGCAAGCUUAACAACUACUGAGGCAAUCACAUUGCCAUCAACUACAUCAAACAAAGAACCAACUGAAAGUUUAACAACUACUGAACCAAUCACAUCACCAUCAACUACAGCCCACAAAGAAACAACUGAAAGCUUAACAACAAAAACAACAUCUACAGGGAAAACGACAACUACAAAUUACACAGAAACAUUGACUUCCUCUCUGUCAUCAACAUACAAAUCAACAACGACAUCGGUAUCAGUAAUAAGUACUGACGGCAAAUCAACUGCGGAAGAAGGUACAUCUCCAGCUGCAACAACCAGUGAGCUUAAACCAAGCCUUAGUACAUCAACUUCGAAAUCAACAGAAACAUCCAAUGAACCUCUGGGCACUAAUACAUCAUCUAAUGCAAAAGAUACCGUAGAAGAAUCGACUCAGUCAAAAGUGACAAACACUCAUUUGAUCGUUGGAGCCUCGGCUUCUUUUGUUGGAAUAGUAUUAUUAAUGAUAAUCAUAGGACUGGUAGCCAGAAAAUGUAGUAAAUCGAAUAAACAACACGAAAAACAACAGGAAGACGAUGGACCAAUCAGAGACUGGAGAGACCUUGCAUUGGCGGGAAAACAAAACACAGAUUCUCUAUACAAUGCCAAUUCCACCUUAUCCUACAACAGAAAUUCUUACGUUGCACACGCACGACUGCAUCACUUCAAAUCUAGUGGCGGAUCUCGUCAUGUGGACUCCAAUAAAUAUCGCAGAUAUUGACAACUUUUAAGCUCACCUCCUAUUGUACAUAAAUAUGAAUUAACAUUUUCUUAGACUUUACUGAAUUUGUAUAUAUCAUUAGCUUUGAAGCUGCUUUAAGAGGCAUUUAUAUACUGUUUGUUUAUGACCUUAUAUAUUUUGUAUAAUAUGCAUUGAAUAUAUAUUUCCUGAUAAAAGGAGG